AUGUUGAAGAAGCGUUACCAAAACACAGGCAAGGAGCGAAUACACACUCGACUACUCAAGGUAGCGAUAUACAAGGCACUCAUGUACUAUGGACAGCAAGAGAAGAUAGAUACUAUCAUUAAAGCAGACAAACUGCCUGAUGGAAGUGACGGACACUUAUCGAAUAUGAAGCAUAACAAGGGCACAACAAGACAAGUAUAUGCACCAGGGCAACCCCAGGAGAAGAAAGGGGAGCCAAUACGAGCAUGUACUUAUUCUGAGGUGUCACCAGCCCCACAUCGGUUUAGUCAAUGUUCUAUGAAGGCAUCAAAUCAGGCCAAGAAGGCUGAGGAACGUGUCAAGAACGACGUGCAAGUAGCUAGAAUGUCUAUUACCUCAAGGAAGGUGGAAGAAAUACCAGAUAGUGAUGAGUCCUUAAACAACUGGUGGACGUAA